AGGUGUAGCUCUUGCUUUGCUGUCUGGUUAUUGUUGAUCUGAUAAUUUGCUGGGAAGUGGGGUGUCUAUCUGGCAGCUCACUUAUUUCCACUUGGGACAUCAGAACAGCAGCCCUCCAGUUGUUCUUGUACUUUAUUGUGCCUGUAGUAGGGUUGCCACCUUUUUUGGAAAAAAAAUACCGGCCUUCCUAUACAUUUAUCUUUUUUACCCUAUUAAUAACAUUGGGAUCAGCCAUCAUUUUGUGACAACCCUAGUCUGAAAGUCACAGUCCAACAAGAGCUGGAGAGGCACACAUUGGACACGGGAUCACCCUGUAUUUCUGAUCAGAAAGUGGAAGCACAUUAUACUUUAUAAAACAUUUCCCUGUACAAGUCUGAAUAUGGCAACUUGCACUGGUGUUUGAAUAGCUGAAGUGCUGUACCCUGGAGAGGAGGGAGAUUUGGUACACAGUGUACAGUGGGUAUUUUGUGGAUGAAUUUGAGAUGGCGGAGGGCAGUUUUGAUCCCUGUGAGUGCAUCUGUUCCCAUGAACAUGCCAUUCGGAGACUGAUAAACCUGCUUAGACAAUCGCAGUCAUAUUGUACUGACACAGAGUGCCUGCAAGAAUUGCCUGGACCAAAUUCCUCUUCUGAUGGUGGCAUCAGCAUUGCUAUGAUUGCUAUGGCUUGGCUUGUUAUUGGAUUUACUCUAUAUCUGCUCAGACCAAGAAGUCUAAGAGGCACCAGAACAUCUUCCAAACCGACCAGCCCUCACAAUAAUCAUGGUCCGGAACCUCCAGCCCCACCAGUAGACUAGCCCAGCUUACGUCUUCAGAACAGCUAGGAAUUUGUACGACCAAAUGAAGCACCUGACCAGACUACUCUAAACCCAAGAAUUUUUUUUUUAAUGUAAUUAAUGGCAACAAAGGCCUUAGAUUUCUGUCCCAGAUCUCUGUGUCCUACUGAUCUUGUUAGUGUGACCUAGAGAACAGUAUACGUUAGUUCAUGUAUAUUUUUGGGUUACAAUUUAUUAUUUUAUGAGAUUAACUGGGUGAUUGGGUGGCCUUAGUUGAUUGUUGUGCUCUGUUCAACAUUUCUACUCCUCUUUGAUAAAUAACUUAGUGCUUUUUUUUUUGUUUUGUUCAUGGAAUUGACUGGAACAGCACUGUAAAUGACACAUAAUUAAAUAGGGGGGUAAAGUUACCAGCGAGUACAGUUCAUACUAUAAGUGCCAUUUCAUCGGACUACGUUGUAGGCUAAUUCACAGGGCACACAAGAUGUUACUAUUGCCGUACAUUGCAAUCGCAGGAACUGCUGCAACACUUUAAACAGAAAUAUUAGCUAAAUGUAUCUUAGAGUAUAAAGUAUAUUAGAAUAGAUUGAUGAAGUAAGGAGUACCUACCACUCACAUUUUUGUUUUACAUUUUUUGUGCUAGGGUACCUUUUUCCCCCCCUUCAGUUUGCUGAACUUCUGUUCAAUGUAUUUUGUCAGAGAGCUAUGAAUAUGGAGACUGCCUCUCAUUAAAGUGAGGCAGUUUAUUGUAAUAUAUAGGAUAUCUGACAGUAGAUUUGCAGAGAAGGCAGUAUGCCAGCUCCUUCACAUAAUUAAUACAAAUAUGCAAUUUAAUAAAGUUUUAUAUCAAAAAUAACCUAUGUCCGUAUGACUGACUAUAGAAUUUUAGGUUGUACUCCCUCUUAAAAUAGUGAACAUUAUAUCUUUAAGUUAGGAAUGAUAGAGAAAUGGCUUAAUGGUUACUGGGGUGAUGGCACUGAUCUAUGGUAUCCUAAAAUGGUGUGCCAUGUGUAAAUGCUCAUAAAGAAGCAAACCUUUCCCUGCCCAAGAUAACUCUUUAUAUUUUGUAUUGUGUAGCACUUUGUGGUAUUAGCCACAAGACUUUCUUCCAGUGCUUGACUGGACAAACGGAUGAGAUGGAUAUAGCCCACCACAUGUAAGAUGGCCUAGGAAAGCAAAUGCAUCUUCCUGUGCAUGUCUGGCUUUAAAAAGACCCCAGUAUUAGAAUUAGAUGUGUAUAUAGCAGUUCUGAAACCAAGCACUUUAUCCUGGUCUUGGUGACUAGGGAGCAUACACAGCAGCAGGGUAACUACCUCCUAGAAGAAACACAUGUAAUCCUGCCUGAAAACUAGGGCUAAACUAGGUAUAAGUAUUGCACAGGAAUGCAGAGCUAUGCCAUAGAGAUGCUGUGUGAGUCUGGUGUUGAGCAGUAAUAUGACAAAAUGACUGUGAUUGCCUGAAGUAGAGUCGUGCAGCGGGGCGGGUACCUGAAAAAAAGCAGGUAACCUGCGAUUGUCGGUAGAACUUUAGGGUGCGGGUCUUAAUAGCGAGUUUUACUCCUUUAUGUAUGUUUUAACCACUUUUUUUCUGAUCACGCCUACUUCUAAUGGUGUCACUUCGGGUUUACAAUGACAGCACUUCCUGUUUCUUGAUGGUCAGCGGGUUGCGGAUAAGGCACUUGCGGGUUGGGUAGCGUCCAAACGGGUAAGAAUGCGGGUUGGAGGACAGCUUCAAACAUUGGUUCCGCGCAGUACUGAAAUGCACUAAAACUCUGAAGGACCACCAAACCAUUCAGAGGGGACUAACAUUCUAUUACGGCAUCUUUAUGGCAUGGGCUGAAGCUUGGACAAUAUUUAACUUAGGUUCUUCUUUGGUUAAAAUGCUAAGUUGAAAGAGUUUUGUGCAAUAAAUCUAUUCCAACAAUUUUAAAGGACAAAUUUACCAAAAUGUAUUGGGGGUACCAAUGUGUUAGGCACCCCCCAGUAAUUAUAAUCACUUAUAUGUGUCCCCUAAAUAGUAAAGUAUGACAUAGCUAAUUGUGUGCACAAUAAUAAGUAAUUUCCAAAUAUUGUCAGUAACUUCCAUUCAGCACUUCCUAGAUGUCAGUGCUCUCCACACAUUCCCCCGUUCUCUUCACCAUUUAAUUGUGUAGCCAGGGCAUGGGGAUGGACAUUCUGGUGCACAAACAAGAUUCUGAGAUGAUACAAGGCUUGUCUUAAGAACAGUGUCCACAAAAUGGCUCCUGCCUGCUUGCUAUAAUUAUGAAUUCCCUGGCUGCAGGAAACGAGAUUCAAAUAAUUUAUACAGCGUAAUUAAAGUUAAUUUUGCUUGACUAAUGUGAUAAAAUAGGAUUUUGAAGAAUUUUUUUGGGUGAAGGGUCCCCUUUAAUAGCAGUGGUUGAGCUAGGGUAGGCUGAAAUGCAAAUGUUCCACGUGUCUGAACAUAAAUUCUUCUCAUGAGGGCUUUAAAAAAAACAACAAAAAAAAAACACUUCACAUUUUCUAUAGAUAAAGUAACUAUGACACUGAAGAUGACUUACUAUUACACUUCUAGCUACAAACUUUGUUUAAUAAUUCAUGCGCUUUACUUUGGCAGUCACAAUUUGUUGAUUGUGCCAUGCAAACUGAAAAUCAUUUAGGUCAAAGGGUCGUACUAUGCACUUUUUUUAUCAACUUAAUAAACGGUUACAAUAUUUCAA